CGUCGCUCGCGCGACUGAACGCCGUCAUGCGCGCCAUUGAUCUGAGUGCGCUGCUGGCGGCGCCACUGGCGGCGGGCGGGCUGAUGACGGGCGCCGGACCGUUUGUGGCGGUUGCGGCGAUGGCGGUUUAUUGUUGCGGGGCAUACCUGCCGGAGCGGGCGCUGCUGGGGGCGGCGUUUAGGGCGGCGCCGGUGCUGGGGCAGCCCAAGGUGCGUGGAGAAACCGCCGCCAACGCCGCCUCCGACCCUCCCGCUUCCCCACCACUGUCGCCUCAAACAGCGGCAGAUGAGUGCACGGGACUGUUGAGUGAGUACCCCCCUCAGGCUCCCGACCUCAACAGCAGCAACAGCAACGGCGACGGAGGUGGGAUAGGGGGCGGCGGCGGUGACAACGACAUGCUUCGUACCCGUUUUUCCAAGGGUACCGGUGGUACGGCAAAGGGUGCAACAACAGCUGCUGUGGGUGCGGUUUCGGAGCCCGAAACCACCUCUGGAAGGGAGCAUGGCUCGCUUGAUCCGGCCGGCGACGACGAUGCAACACCAGCAGCCCUCAGCAGCCCUCCCGUUGAUAAGGAGACCACUAACGCCGCCGUCGUCGGUGGCAGCAGCAGCGGCGGUUUCGCCAGACAACCGCCGACGUCGCUGUCCAUGGCGACGUCAGCGGUUUCGGAAACCGGCGGAGGCGCCUCUUCCAGCGCUUCC